AUGUCAGCAUCGAACAGUAUUGAUCGAAAGAAGUUAACUAGAGCUAUUAAAUUAGCCAAGGUACACGAGAUUCAUCGAUUGACACGGAAGAUGAAACAAUUAAAAGCCAAAAAAGGUACCGAGGAACAACUGCAGAAGAAUCAACGUAAAGCCAAUAACUUAGUCAAUCACAUGGACAUCAUAAAAGAUUUUGAUCCAGACCAUGUUGUAACGGCAAUAUUAGAUGACGAUGUUGACAAACAAGACGUCUAUCGCCAAGGUAUGUUAUUUCACCUUGGUGUACUCUAUGUGAUUGCAAAGCAAGGAAUACAAUAUUUAGCUAUGAAGGGUUACAGUGGCGUAGAUAAGUCGCCGGCGAGGUAG